AUUUGUAGUGAGUAAAUAUCUCCGUCUGGUGAAGGUACGCAGUUCCGUUACUUUAUUGUUGUGUUGUGAUUUUGGGGAGUGAAAGUGCGUGAUUCAAUUCGGAAAACGUUCUCUCGGCCAAUCAAGAUAACUGCACGAUGGACGACUUGAGGGGAUUCUUGAGGCAAGCGGGACAGGAGUUCCUCAAUGCAGCUGGAGAGGCUGCCAUGGGAGCGGCCAAGGAUGUGGUCGGAUCGGUGAUCAACGAGAUCUUCAUCAAGAAGGAGGCCGACACCAAAAGGGUUCUGCCCAGCAUCAAGAAUAUGAGAGUUCUGGGAGAGAAGAGCUCCAACCUGGGACCCUAUUCGGAGGUGCAGGACUAUGAGACCAUAUUGAACAGCUGCCUGGCCAGCGGUUCCCUUUUCGAAGACCCACUUUUCCCGGCUUCGAACGAGUCCCUUCAGUUUUCCCGACGUCCAGAUCGUCACAUCGAAUGGCUGCGACCUCAUGAAAUCGCCGAGAAUCCCCAGUUCUUUGUUGAGGGCUACUCACGAUUUGAUGUUCAGCAAGGCGAGCUUGGUGACUGUUGGCUCUUGGCAGCCACCGCCAAUUUAACUCAGGAAUCCAAUCUUUUCUUCCGGGUAAUUCCAGCGGAACAAAGUUUCGAGGAGAAUUAUGCUGGCAUCUUCCACUUCCGCUUUUGGCAGUAUGGUAAAUGGGUUGAUGUCAUCAUUGAUGACCGUUUGCCCACGUAUAAUGGUGAGCUGAUGUACAUGCACUCCACGGAGAAGAAUGAGUUCUGGAGCGCGCUGCUGGAGAAGGCUUAUGCCAAACUUCAUGGAUCCUACGAGGCACUGAAGGGAGGCAGCACUUGCGAGGCUAUGGAGGACUUUACAGGCGGCGUAUCCGAGUGGUACGAUUUGAAAGAAGCUCCCGGCAAUCUAUUCACCAUUCUGCAAAAAGCAGCUGAACGCAAUUCCAUGAUGGGCUGCUCGAUUGAGCCAGAUCCAAAUGUCACAGAGGCGGAAACUCCUCAGGGCUUAAUUCGUGGACACGCUUACUCCAUAACCAAGGUUUGCCUUAUUGACAUCGUAACGCCAAAUCGUCAGGGAAAGAUCCCCAUGAUAAGAAUGCGCAAUCCUUGGGGCAAUGAGGCCGAGUGGAAUGGACCAUGGAGUGAUAGCUCUCCGGAAUGGCGCUAUAUACCCGAGGAACAGAAGGCGGAGAUUGGACUAACAUUCGACAGAGAUGGAGAGUUCUGGAUGUCCUUCCAAGAUUUCCUUAACCACUUCGAUCGCGUGGAGAUCUGCAAUUUGUCGCCGGACUCACUGACUGAGGACCAACAGAACAGUGGCAAGCGAAAGUGGGAGAUGUCCAUGUAUGAGGGAGAAUGGACACCCGGUGUUACAGCUGGUGGCUGCCGCAAUUUCCUGGAUACUUUCUGGCACAACCCCCAGUACAUUAUCACGCUGGUCGAUCCCGAUGAGGAAGACGAAGAGGGACAGUGCACCGUCAUUGUGGCCUUAAUGCAAAAGAACCGCAGAUCGAAGCGCAAUAUGGGAAUGGAAUGCCUGACCAUUGGUUUCGCAAUCUACAGCCUUAACGAUCGCGAACUGGAGAACCGUCCGCAGGGUCUGAACUUUUUCAGAUACAAGUCUUCCGUGGGACGAUCGCCGCACUUUAUCAACACCCGCGAAGUGUGUGCUCGCUUCAAAUUGCCUCCUGGUCACUACCUUAUUGUGCCUUCAACUUUCGAUCCUAACGAGGAGGGAGAGUUCCUCAUUCGAGUGUUCUCAGAAACUCAAAAUAACAUGGAAGAGAAUGAUGAUCAUGUGGGUUAUGGCGGCCAUGCCGAUCCGAUAACGCCCGGAUUCCCAACACCCAAGCCCAUUGAUCCCCAAAAGGAGGGUUUGCGACGCUUGUUCGACAGCAUUGCCGGCAAGGACAUGGAGGUUGACUGGAUGGAAUUGAAACGCAUUUUGGACCAUUCGAUGAGGGACGAUUUACCCAAACCAGUGGUUUUCAACCGCUUCUCCAAUAACAUGGCCUUCGAGACUCAGGCUGCUGGUCCUGGCGAAGAUGGAGGUGGCGCUUGUGGACUUUUGUCCUUGAUUUGCGGACCAUUUUUGAAGGGCACGCCGUUCGAGGAGCAGUUGGGCAUGAAUGAUCAGUCGAACAAGAGGCUGAUAGGGGACAAUCCGUCGGAUGGGGGUCCUGUAACAGCAAAUGCAAUUGUGGAUGAGACACAUGGCUUUUCCAAGGAUGUUUGUCGCUCCAUGGUUGCCAUGUUAGAUGCUGAUAAGUCGGGCAAGCUGGGAUUCGAAGAGUUCGAGACUUUGCUGUCGGAAAUCGCCAAAUGGAAGGCCAUCUUUAAGGUCUAUGAUGUGGAGAAUUCGGGCAGGGUAUCUGGAUUCCAGCUGCGGGAGGCUCUCAACUCUGCUGGCUAUCAUCUAAACAAUCGAGUUCUUAAUGUUUUGGGCCAUCGAUAUGGCUCACGUGAUGGCAAAAUAGCCUUCGAUGAUUUCAUCAUGUGCGCUGUUAAAAUCAAGACAUAUAUUGAUAUAUUCAAGGAGCACGACACCGAGAAGAAUGAAACAGCCACCUUUACUUUGGAGGAGUGGAUAGAGCGCACAAUAUAUUCGUAAAGGGGCGGUUUUAUAUCUAAGCUAGCAAUUCAACUCGAACAAACAUUUACAUGGAAUCUCUUAAUGGAUAUCUACAAUAUUUUCUUUAUAUAGUACAAAACGAACUACACUUCCGAAAAAGAUUUCAUCCAACUGUAUAAUCACGUCAUUGUUUGCAUGACGAUAAGUGUUGUCACCGAAUUUAAUGACUUGUUGACCCAAUAAAAAGAUUUAUUACAUUUGCAUUUGAAGACAUAAAGUUGUAACUUGAGCCGAUGUUAACUUAUUAAAGAAUUCCAGACCACA